AUGAGCGAGCUCGCUUCGGCGCCUGUGCUGUCAACUCCAGAAGACCACAUCCUCGAAGUCUCGGCGCAAACCGAGACGAAAUCUACGCUCUCUCACGAUGCGCUCAGAACCACCUACGAGAUCCCGCGCACUGCGGCAGAGAUCCUCCAAGGCGGAUGGAAAAGAGUCGCACUGCAAUUUCCAGAUCACAUGCUAGUCGACGCACCGAGAGUGGUCGAAGUGCUCAAACAGGAGCUCGCAAGCACAGGCACACCAGAGAGAACUGAAGAUUGGAGGAUAUGCAUUUUGGCAGACACAAGCUACAGCGCCUGCUGCGUCGACGAGAUUGCGGCCGAGCAUGCGAAUUCAGACGUGGUCGUUCACUACGGAAGAACGUGUCUAAGCCCGACGAGUCGACUACCUGUCAUAUACGUAUACACGUCACAUGAGUUGGAUCACGAUGUCGUGGUUGCGCAGUUCACAAAAGAGUUUGUCGACAAGGAUACAAAGGCUGUAAUCAUGGCAGACCUGAUAUACCAGGACCAUGUUGAGUCGAUAACGAAGGCCCUCAGAGACUUGGGGUACAGCAACGUAGUAGCGACAGAAGUUGUCAGAGACCCUGCCGGCAUAAUACCAAAUAGAAGAAUAGCUGGCGUCUCAAUAGACGAGGAGCUCCUGAAGUCGCAUUCACUAUUCCACAUUUCAGAUCCGCCCGCAUCUCUACUCCUCGCCCUCCAAUCUCGAUUCGCUUCUCUACACGUCCUUUCCGUACCAUCACCGACUUCUCCCACUCUCGACAACCCAACUUUCCGAACAGCAGGUCUUUUGCGUAGACGCUUUGCUCGAGUGCUCACUCUCGCCUCAGCAGGCGUCGUCGGUAUCCUCGUUAAUACACUCUCUGUGUCCAACUACCUCUCAUCAAUUGAACUACUACGAAAGAAAAUCGCCGCUGCGGGGAAGAAGAGCUAUACCGUUGUAGUGGGCAAGCUGAACCCCGCCAAGCUGGCUAACUUUGCAGAGAUUGAGGGUUGGGUUGUUGUUGGAUGCUGGGAAAGCGGUCUUAUUGAAGAUGAUGUUGGCUACUGGCGGCCUGUUAUCACACCUUUUGAGAUGGAAGUUGCAUUGAUGAGCGAAGAAGAGAGAAUAUGGGGUGAAGAAUGGUGGGGAGGCAUCGAGAAGCUGACACUAGAGGAGGCUAAUAGCAGCGCAAAGAAGGAGGAGGAAGCAAAGGAAGAGAAGAAUGAAGCGGAUGAGACUAUAGAAGAAAACGUCGGAGAUGGUGUGGAUGGAGAGGAAUCACUACCCCCAGUCUUCGACUUGAGAACCGGAAAACUUGUUAGCCACAGCAGACCAAUGCAACUCACUGCCGGCAGCUUGAAUAAGGCUCAAACAACGAACGGCAGCAGCGAACAGCGGUCAUCAGACGCUGUGAUCAAAAGGGUGGUGGGUGAACUGGCAAGUAUCAACGGCGUAGCCAGCCCUGGAGCCGAGUAUCUUCGAACACAGAGGACGUGGCAGGGACUGGGCAGUGAUUUUGAUAAUGAGGCUAGCACGGUGAUAGAGGAAGGGCGGAGUGGCAUUGCGAGAGGCUACCAUGUUGGUGAAGAGACGGAAAAGCACUGA